AUGAUAGUGAAGAACGAGGAGAAAGCUAAGCAUGCUGAAUAUGCGGCCGAUGAUGACGAAGCAGAUAAGACUGUCAUCGUUUCGAAGAAAGGCGAGAAGCUCGAUGGCGCGACAGAUCGCGCCUGUUCGUGCGGCAAGAACGAAGAGGGUGGCAAGGUGGAGGAUACUGUUGAAAAGGGCGAUGACGGGGCUGGAGCCUGGCGAGUGUUUCUGAUGCAGAAUGCAGAGAAGAAAGAAGAAACGGAGGGAUCAAAGGCCGAGGAGAAGGCUGAUAUCCCACUGAGAGGCAAGGAGGAUGACAAGGCCGAAGCCAAGAAAGCCGAGAAUGAUGGUAAGGCGGAGGAGACUAAAGAAGCGAAGAAGGAGAAGUAA